CCUGAAUCGAGCCUCCAUCUCGACGACACAACCCUUUCCUUUUUCCUUUUCCCUGCCCGUUUCUCUACUCUCCUCUCCUCACACAUCCUUUCCCUCACCUGCUAGAGCUACCCAAAAUGCAGGCCUUUGCGAGACAAGCGCGGCUCUCGUCAGCCUCGGCUUCGACACUGCGACACCUCUGCAAGAGGACGUACAGCGCCCAGACUGGCCCCUACACCAACACCAUCGAGAACCUUAGGAUCAACGCCGAUACCAAGGUCAUUUUUCAGGGCUUUACUGGCAAGCAGGGAACAUUCCACGCUGAACAGGCUAUUGCCUACGGCACCAAAGUUGUUGGAGGAACAAACCCAAAGAAGGCCGGCACCACCCACCUCGACCGUCCCGUCUUUGCGUCUGUCGCCGAUGCCAUCAAGGAGACCGGCGCGACUGCUACAGGAAUCUUUGUCCCUCCUCCCCUGGCAGCAGGAGGUAUCCAGGAGGCCAUCGAGGCCGAGAUUCCCCUCGUGGUUUGCAUCACUGAAGGCAUCCCUCAACAUGACAUGGUGCGCAUUACGUCCAUGCUCAAGACCCAGUCCAAGACUCGUCUCGUCGGCCCCAACUGCCCCGGUAUUAUUGCCCCCGGCCAGUGCAAGAUUGGCAUCAUGCCCGGCUUCAUCCACAAGCGCGGCCGCAUUGGUAUCGUCUCCCGCUCCGGUACUCUGACCUACGAGGCCGUCAACCAGACCACCCAGGCUGGUCUGGGCCAGUCUCUUGUCGUUGGCAUCGGUGGCGAUCCCUUCUCCGGCACGAACUUCAUCGACUGCCUCAAGGUCUUCCUCCAGGACUCGGAGACGGAUGGCAUCAUCAUGAUUGGCGAGAUUGGUGGUUCCGCUGAGGAGGAUGCCGCCGACUUCCUGCGCGAGAACAACACCGUUAACGGUGGCAAGCCUGUCGUCAGCUUCAUUGCUGGUAUCUCUGCACCUCCUGGACGCCGCAUGGGCCACGCUGGUGCUAUUGUGUCUGGUGGCAAGGGUGGUGCUGACUCCAAGAUCAAGGCCCUGGAGAGCGCCGGUGUCAUUGUCGAGCGCUCGCCUGCCGGUCUGGGUAAGGCCCUCCGCGACGAGUUCGUCCGACGGGAUCUGCUGUAA